GGUCGAGGGUCGAUUCCCAUCCUCGUCGAGAGAGACCGAGAAAGAAGCAAGAAUAGAGAGUCGCCGUCUCGCAAAGACCGACCGGCCACCGCCUAUCCCCGAUUCUCCAACCCUACAGGAUCGCCAAAAUGUACACGGCGUCGUUCGGCUUCUUCGAGGCCUUGUGGGAGGCUGGCGUCUCUCACUGCUUCGUCAAUCUGGGUUCGGAUCAUCCCAGCAUCAUCGAGGCCAUGGUGAAGGGCCAGAGGGAGAGCAAGGGGAAUUUCCCGCGUGUCAUCACUUGUCCUAACGAGAUGGUUGCUAUGUCGAUGGCCGACGGCUACGCGCGUCUGACCGGAAAGCCGCAGUGCGUCAUCGUGCACGUCGAUGUCGGUACGCAAGGCCUCGGCGCCGCCGUCCACAAUGCGAGCACUGGCCGCGCCCCUGUUCUCGUGUUUGCUGGCCUGAGCCCCUACACGAUCGAGGGAGAGAUGCGCGGCUCGCGGACCGAGUACAUCCACUGGAUCCAGGAUGUGCCCGACCAGAAGCAGAUCAUCGGCCAGUACUGCCGGUAUGCCGCCGAGCUUAAGACGGGCAAAAAUGUAAAGCAGAUGGUCAACCGAGCCCUGCAGUUCGCCACGAGCGCCCCCCAGGGCCCCGUGUACCUGGUUGGCGCGAGAGAGGUCAUGGAGGAGGAGAUCGAGCCCUACUCGCUCGAGCAGGGGGUUUGGGAUCCGGUUGUGCUGGGCGGACUGACGCCCAAGGCUUCCAAGGAGAUCGCCGAGGCUUUACUCGGAGCAGAGCGUCCCCUGCUCAUCACCGGCUUCUCCGGCCGAAACCAGAAGAUUCCAAGCGCCCUCGUCGAGUUGGCCGAUACCGUUAAGGGGUUACGCGUGCUCGAUACCGGCGGCAGCGACAUGUGCUUCCCCGCGUCGCAUCCCGGUUGGCUCGGUCUCCGAUUCGGCCUUGAUCCUGCCAUCGAGGAAUCAGACGUCAUCGUACUACUAGAUUGCGAUGUGCCCUGGAUUACCUCGCGCAACAGGCCCAAGGAGGGUAUCAAGAUCUUCCAUAUCGACGUCGACCCGCUCAAACAGAUGAUGCCCGUCUUCUACGUACCGGCCCAGCGCCGAUAUCGCGCCGAUGCCCUCAUCAGCAUCGAGCAGAUUACCUCGGACGCCAAGGGCCUGGCCCCAAGCCUCGAUGCUGCUGUCGUUGCCAAAAAGUGGGAUGCGCUCAAGGCGUCCUAUGAGGAGCGUCUCGCCGACAUCCUGACCCUCACAAAACCAGCGGAGGACGGCUCAUUCGGCUCGGGUCACCUGUCCAGAACCCUCCGCUCGCUGUGCCCGCAAGACACGAUAUGGGCUAUCGAGGCGGUUACGAACACACAAUUCGUUCACGAUAACAUACGGCCCGAGCUUCCCGGCUCGUGGAUCAACUGCGGCGGAGGCGGUCUCGGGUGGUCGGGGGGCGGCGCGCUCGGUAUCAAACUCGCGUCCGACGCCCUGAACGGCGGCAAGGGCAAGUUUGUCGUGCAGAUCGUUGGCGAUGGGACGUUCCUGUUCUCGGUUCCCGGGAGCGUAUACUGGAUUUCUCGGCGCUACAACAUCCCCGUCCUGACCGUCGUGCUCAAUAACAAGGGCUGGAACGCGCCCCGGAAGUCGAUGCUCCUGGUGCACCCGGACGGACUGGGCUCCAAGGCAACCAACGAGGAGAUCAACAUCUCGUUCGACCCCGUGCCGGACUACGGCGGUAUCGCCAAAGCGGCGGCUGGUGGAGAGAUAUUCACCGCACGCGUCGACAAGGCGCAAGACCUGGAGCGCACCAUCCGCGAGGCGAUCAAGGUCGUCCAGGGCGGGCGGACGGCCGUGCUGGACUGCAAGGUCACGCUCGGCUGCUAAUCGGUUCAAGGCGGGACGGUAGCGCGAGGGCAGGGCAGACUUGUCCGAUGAGACGCCGACAGGGACGGCGACGGCGGCUGAGAGAGUGGGGGGAGGUGAAUCUCUGAAGUUCCUGGCCCCAGCUGUUUGAAGGUAUGAUAGCGGGGCUUGCUGUGAGCAGGUUGGCUGGUAGGUAUGUAGAGGCUUGUGGAGGUAUCCCUGUAUA